AUGGUCCUCGGCGACUGCUACUGCUGUGCCAAGAUGCCUGAUCGUGGCCUCGAGGUCUUUUUGGGAAAGCCCUCUGAGAAUGCUUUUGCCGGUGACGCUGCGGAUGUGCAAGAAACCUCCGAGCUCUCCUGGAGCGUUCCGGACGAGGCCCGUGAGGUCUCAAUGACCUCCAUACCAGCGCCGGAGACAUCUCCCGAGGACAUAUGGGAAGAUCCCUGGCACCCGGUCCUCGGCCGUCACAUCCUGCUCAUGACCCAGAUGUUGGCCACUAGGCCUCAGGUCGUGCGGGGCAUCCGCAUCUUUCGAGUCCUGCAAGGUGGUCCCCGCGAUUGGAUGCAAGGAGCGCUGCACAGGCUCCAUGCUGACAGUGAGGUCACGACUUCGCUUGACGAGUUUUGGUGUCACAGCUGGCACAUCCAUCCUGCGGCGAAGUAUUUCAGCGUUGUCUUUCUCAACAAUGGCUUUGCGGCCUUCGUCGUGGGCACACUCAGUGCCGGUUUGGCGUUCUCUCUCUGUGUAGCAGGCCUCCUUCAUUCGGCGGGCGCAUGCACCUUAUGUGGGACUGGAGGCUACUACUUGACCCUGCUGCUUUGGCAACGCUGGAAGCUUGUCUUUCUGGACAUUGCCUGCAUACACCAGACCGAUGUGCAAGUGAAGCUCGAGGGCCUGGUCAGCAUCGGAGCAUUCUUGAAGAAGUCGCGGACUUUGCUCGUGUUAUGGGAUCCGACUCUGGUUUCUAGGCUAUGGUGCAUCUUCGAAAUGGCCGCAUUCCUUCACAGUUGCGAGUUUGAUGCACAGAAGGACGUUAAGAUUUGUCCAGUUCUAGUUGGUCCGGUGUUCCUCCUCGGACAUUUUGGCCUGUGCGUGCUUAUGGUCAUUUAUGCAUACGCGCCUGUUCCGCUUGUUCCUUUCUGGCCAUGGGGUGGACUACUCGUCGCGAUGCUGGCCCUUCCCUGUUUAACUUUGUUCGCAUAUGUACUUCUUGUUUUCUGCAGCAAUAUCGAGACGAUGCAGAAGCAGGUCCGUUACUUUAAGGUGGAGGGUUCUUCGAGCCAAUGUUGCACGAGGAACCACGUGGACCCCACAACAGGCCAACGCACGAUCUGUGAUCGCAGCAUCAUUGGUCGGUGCAUCACCAAGUGGUUCGGUUCCAGCGAACUGUUCGAAUCUGUUGUUCGCAGCAAGUUGCUGGAGAUAUUGGUGGACCAUUUGGCAAACCGCACCUUCUCAUAUUGGCGCAUUGUUCAGGCAACCAGCCCAGUUUUGUGGUCUGUCCUGGAUCUGAUCCUGGUAAACGUGGAAACAUGGUCGAACGCAGUCCUCAGUUUGAUGCUGUAUUGGCUGGCGGUGUUACCGAGUAUAGCUCUCGUUUGCAUACGGCUGGCCUAUCAGGUACGGCUGCUGUGCAGUGGCACACUCGCACGGGUGCUUGUCGCUGUCGGUCUCGUGACUAUUGGUUCGGUCAUGUUUUUGAGCUGCUUCAUGCUGCAAUGGGCUGUCAUCGAUGCGGUGUAUGCCUCCACAUCGCUGUAUGUAGAGUCGAUGGUGCUUUCCACGGCCGGACUCCUAAUUGUGGCGGGUACGUGCACGGUGCUUCUGUGGUGGUGUAUGCCAGUAAUUCACAUAUCUGCACCGGAAUCCUUAGAGGGGUGA